AUGUCUGCGGUAGGGGACCUGAAGAAGCAGAACGAUCAGCUCCAAGCUGGUACGUCGAAGAUCUCAAUGGUUGACAACGAGCUUCCCAAGAAGACUCUCACUAAGGGCCCCCCAGCCAGCAAGCCGCUGGUCAAGAAGCCUGCAACUCCUUCAGCAAACAAGCCCUCUCAGGGCGACAAGAGCACUCCCGCUAAAUCAGCACCUACACCCGUGAAGAAGUCCACACCAGCCGCAUCCGCACAGAAGCCCGCAGGCGCAACACCCGUCAAGAAGGCCACGCCAACUCCCGCGAAGCCCGCCUCAUCGGGCACGACAUCAACACCAGCCAAGGCUCCAUCCAAACCAGCCUCCAAGCCUUCGACGUCGACUCCCGCGAAGACUCCCGCGAAGACGCCGGCCAAAACACCAUCCUCUGUCCCAGCCAAGAAGCCAGUAAAUGCAGUCGGCGAGGCACAAAAGACUACCAGCCAAGCAAUAGGUGGAGCCAAACCCCCAUCAUCAACCCCUAGCACUUCCUCCGCUCCCGCGCGUCGCAAGCCAAUCCCGCCACCAGUGAGCGAGCAAAAGAAGAAGGCCACGCCAGCAACGGGAGGUGCUCAGAAUGCCGCGAACAAGGGCACCGGUGCUGCUCAAAAGACUACAAACACGGCUACAAACACCGCACAGAAAGGGCUCGGCGCGGCCACCGGGGGCGUGAACAAAGCUAGCGACACGGCGGGCAAGGGUGUGAACAAGGGCGUAGGCGCCGCUACAGGAAGCAUCGACAAAGCCUCAGCCGGGAAAUCAAACCCAGUAACCAAGAAAAUAAACCAAGUCGGACAAGGCGCCACCAAGACGACGACGGACGCGACCAAGAAUUUGGGCGAUACGAGUCAGCAGGCGGGGCAGGAUGUUAGUGAUGCGGCGAAUUCGGCGGUGGGGAAUUUGUCCCAGGCCGGGAGUGAUGUUUGGGGCGCUGCGAGUAAGGGGGAUGUGAAGGGGGUGGGGUCGGGGAUUUAUAAGGGAACUGGACGGACGGUUUCGGGGGUUGGGCAGGGGGCUCAGAAGACUGUUUCUGGUGUUGGACAGGGUUUGAAGGGGACUGUCUCCGGUGCUGGCAAAUCUCUAGGCGACACUGUCGGUGGUCCGGUCGGCAAGACCGCAGACUCAGCGACAUCUGGCGUAGGCACCACGGCUUCCAAUGCCACUAGUGGUCUCGGCCAGACGGUGGGCGAUACGACCAGUGGGAUUGGGAAAGGAGAUCCUUCUGCUGCGGUUCAGGGCGCUACUGGGGGUGUCGGUAACACAGUCGGUGGCGUAGGCAAAGGCGCUGGCUCCACAGUUGAGGGCGUUGGCAAAUCGGUCGGCGGCUACGUCCCAGGCCGCGCCGGCGGUGUCGUCGAGGGCACAACCAAAGGCCUCGGCGACACAGUAAGUGGCGUUACAGGCGGCGUCGGCUCCGGCGUCGGCAAACUAGGCAAAGGCGACGUCCUAGGCGGCGUGGGCGAUACAGUCGGCGGCGUUGGUAAAGGGGUAGGAGGUUUGGCGUCUGGAGUGUGGGGUGGAAUUAGUGGGAAGAAUAGGAAGAAGGAGGACCAGGAGCAGGCUGAGGGCGAUGAAGGACAGGGACAGGGAGAGCAGGAAGGUGAUGGUGGAGGAGAUGGGAAGAAGGAGGAGAAGGGUGGUGGUGGGUUCUUUUAG